AAAAGAACAAAAGAGAACACAAGAAAACAUUAGAUUCUGAUAGUUAGUUUCAACUCAACUGUAAAGUGUAAUAUCAUAUAAAAUAUAAAUAAUUAUAAUAAUAUUUUCACUUCAUGAUUCUUUAUAGACACUUUAUUUAUUUGCUUUCACUAUCACUUUCACUAUUUCUUCGGGUCGUCUAAUUUUCGUCGUGUUCCCGUAGUUGGAAAUUUCCGCAUAACUAAUCACUGCUGGUUAUUAGUGUCAUGUCGAACAUGUUACAAGCUAACACAACAGUGACACAGAAACAGAACUUCACAAGCACGGGAAUUUGCACACGACCUCCCAGUGAAUUAAUACCGAGCUCUAACUAUUUUCAUACUACCUAAAAUGUCCAAAGCAGCUCAGUAAAACUCACUGGGAGCGUUCCACAAUUUAGCCCCAUCCGGGGGGAGCUUAUCCCUUAGUACCCUCGUGUUUGUUUCCUUUCAACCGUAGUCUAGGUAGUCCAACAAUGUUCAGCACAAGUUUGAAUCGAAAGCAAUUGCUUGAACAGCUGAACGGAUCAAACUGUUGCUUCCCUUGCUGAAAUAACUAUUCUCCUGUUACUAAGGAAACAAAAGGAUAAAACAUCAUGAUUUGAUGUUCUAACAGGUACGUUCAACUAGCCAGCUGCGAGACCCAUCAGCCCGGCCGGGAACCAGUCCAUAUCUGUCGAGUACAGCAUAUGGUGUGGUUCACAAAAUAUCAAAUACAGUGAACUCAACACUAAGGCUAUACAUAUGAACUGGCGGGAUGGAAGCACGUGGACACCUCCCCCCAAGGAAGAGAGAAAAGCCAACGGACGAUUUAUAGCACUGUGCGUGGCCGUGUUCAUCAUAUUUCUGAUGCUGUACCACGCAUGGAUAAGACGAACUGCAUAUGCAAAUCACAUACAAAUUAUUGUACCAGUUUUUAUAAUGCUUUCAUAUACGGCGUGGGUGCUUUAUUCCGCCAAACGUCACAAACGAAAAAUGAUAUUGCUGCAAAACGCAACAUCGCUGAAUUCGGUCGAAUGCGGUCGGGAUUCCUUUGAGUUGAACAGCCGAGGGGAAGCAUCCACCACAAAUCGCGGCAAAUCGUCUGUACGAUGCACCCACGUAAACGAACUAGCCUCGCUCGCGAAAACACGCAGGAAGCUACCACGCCAACAGUCGACGCUGACGCCCGAAUGCGUAAAGGAGUUUACGCACAAACGACGACUAUCACUGGAUCCCGCUGUGACCAAAGUCGAGUUGGACAAAGUUCUUCAUCCCAGCCACCAAAAGAAAGCGAAAAGCUCAAAAGAGAAAACUGCAAAAAUCAAGGGCUGAAAUGAUCCAACUUUUUCAACAUUCAAUGGAAUGUGAUAAGGCGCCAACAAAAAAAAAAAA